UGAGGGUCAAAACACAUUCUUCUUGUCUUCCAAAAUUUGCUCCCCCCAUUUCACCUUUUUUUCUAAAAAAAUCAAACAAUACCAAAAAUCAGCAUCAUCUGAAAAAAAAAAAAUGAUUCCUCAACAAUGGACACCCCCUUGCGGUAAUCAAUGCACUCAAAAAUACGCCGCUUUGAUGCAAAUUCCUUGGAGGGUAUUCUGUAAAAAAGGGUGUAAUGCUGAUGGUGAUACAUGGGAGGAAUGCUUGAGCUCGUGUGAUGAGAUAUGCUACAAAGAUCCGGUUUUGAAAGAUCAGCAGUGGAGUGCUUACAUUGAUCGCUCACCUGGUUCUGCCGCCUAUUCACAGGAUUGCUUUCAUGCUUGUGUCUCUGGCUGUGGCUAUAAGUUUGAAAUUCCACCAGAAAAAGUUACCGAAGUUCAUCCAAAUCGGCCACCACCACCACCCGCUGCUGCUAAAACUCGUGCACAACCGUCAAAACCCAGCAAAACGUCUGAUGACAUACCCAGCACUUCAGCAUAAACAACAGCACUAGAGCUCGUAUGAUACAUAUAAGAUGUAUCACUUUUUGUCAACUUCUUUAAUCCAUCAAACAACAUACUACCUACAAAGUUUUUCGUUGGGGUUACAACUGACUUUCGAUGUCUUUUCUUUUAAAAACCUGAAAUGGUAAGAAACUGGAGGAAACUUAUUGGGAUCUUGCUCCAGCUUAGGCUCUUUUGAUAUCCCCUUUUAAACUAUAUUGGCAAUGAGGGAUGAAGUGUUGACUUUUUGACAACUUAUACAUAUUCUAAUUGGGUA